UAGAGGCUGGAGUCCCAGACCCAAAGCAGCCGUAACUUUACAAGCAUACAGUUUAAAGGACAGCACCGCACAGCCUGACUCCGCAAUCGAUCGUCUAGACGACCCAUCUUACAUCCCACCGGAAGAUGGUAGUGAAGAUUCCGGCAACACUUCUAGAGCUACUUGGGAAAUACAGAGUCAAGACCCAUCCACCGCAGACGAAGCCGAGCACGAUGUCGAGUCUCGCCCCUAUCAUGUCUACCGCCUAGGAGACCACGACACUCGACUGGACAUCGCUGAAUUAUCGGACACAGGGAGUGAUGAACCCGACGACCUGUCUUACGUUCCAUCGGAUACUAGCAAUGAAGAAUCGGACAGCCAGUCUAGCGCUGCACCCGAAGCAGUGAGUGAAGUCAACCUCCUCACACGCGAAGUAAUCGACGGACUUGAAACCAAAGCACUGGGCGCACUGUCGGGGGCACAGUUCAUUGGAUUGGACUCGGUAAAAUGCAGGAUCAACUGUCUAAAAGGCACGAAACUCCUCGACGCAAUCUGGCGAGCGCUUGAGCGGGUACUCGAACCCCGUAGUCGCCCAGCUCCGCACGUCCUUCAGGACAUCCUAGAGGAGCUGAGUGGCACGCUUUCUCUAACUUCCGAUCAACUCUUGACGGCCAAAGAUGUCACGGCAGGACGGAAGUGGGAACUGAUUGACGAAGCACUGCAGGAAAUGCAGAAGGCGAGUGAGUUCCGCUCGGUGAAGAUGUUGCGUAAGGCAUUAAGCCUAUGGAGCGGCGACAUUUGUCUCGAAAUACUGAAGCCGAACUUGAGCGACCUUCUUAAUGACGAGUGGGCGAGCAUGAAACGUGAAGCGCUUGUCAUCCUCAUGGAUGAGAGGGGGCCAAAUGAUCGAUGGGAGGAAGAACACGGCAAUGCUAAAAUAAGAGCGGCCAAGCCAGGGUUGCGAACGGUCUCAACGUAG